GUAGUAGGAAAGAUUGUGGCCGCGACGAGAGGUGUGACCUGUAAAGCCUCCGAGAAACGCACGCGAAGGUCGAGGUUCUGCGAGGAGAGCGGCUCAGAGCAGUCUGGGAAGUGUAGUCCAGUUGGCUUAGAUGCGUAGUGGGCACUGAGGUUCCAGGAAGGGGCUGAGCAGGCUUGUGAAGAGAUUUCGAGUGAGAUGAUGGAUGUGAGGCAUCGGGUACACGCAAACAACUCUGCCACGGCUCUGUGGUCCGCUGGGUGCUGGGGCAUCGGAGAGGAACAAGACAAGACGGUGACUGUGCCUUUUAACUCUGCAGCUGGAGCACCAGAAGUGUAUGUUUAAUGAAUGCCCUCCCUAUACAUUGAGGACCUAUUUAGACCCUGAAGAUAACCCUGUGAAUUGUGUUGAUUUCAGUAUGCUGCGAAGAAAACCGACCCGCCUGGAACUGAAGCUUGAUGACAUUGAGGAGUUUGAAAACAUUCGAAAGGACCUGGAGACCCGUAAGAAACAAAAGGAAGAUGUGGAUGGUGUAGGAGGUAGUGAUGGAGAAGGUGCCAUUGGGCUCAGCAGUGACCCCAAGAGCCGGGAACAGAUGAUUAAUGAUCGAAUUGGUUAUAAACCCCAAGCCAAGCCCAACAAUCGUUCGUCUCAAUUUGGAAGUUUUGAAUUUUAGAGGUGGAUUAUCUUUCAUGCCAGAGCCCUGGAAUGGAAUAAAAUGAUGGCAGAAGUACAAACAAGAUUUAGGGAACUGAGUGCUGGAGUCAAACAGAAUGUUUUACCUCCUACAGAGAGAAACACUUCUGCAUGAGGUUACUGAUACUUAACUUUCACUCUAAGCUGAAAUCCAAACUCUGGUUUGUCUCUGGAAAGUUUCACUGUAUAAAACUUGUCUGAUUUUUGUUUUUAAAAAUAAAUAUAUUUUUGGAAAAGUGUGAGACAUCCUUAAUAA